ACUCAUCUUUAUCCACUACUUUAUUAUGUAAACAUAAUUUUACCGGGAUAUUUGACUGUACAUUCUGAGAGGCUGACUGUAUUUAUUCACGUAUUUAUUAGCAUAUUUCCUCCUUCAAGAAGUCUAAUACGAUGUCGUUAUUUCACGUUAAGUAAAAAAUGGGAGAUACAAAUCAACAGUGUGGUGAAACGAUGGAACAGCUGUUAAAGAAAGUGUAUACUGUACAUAAAGAUACUUUAAAGGGUGUGAAUGCAAAUUUAACAAAGUACAAAUCAGCUUACUUAAAAAUUUUGGAGAAAUGUAAACAGUUAGAGAGGAUUAAUGAUGAAUUGUCAUCAGAGAAUAGAAAAUUGAGUACAGCUAUCACAACCAGGCAAAGCAGAGAUGGGAGCUGCUGUGAAGUAAUAAGACAGUCCCUUGAUACUGUUAUAUCAUCGUAUAAACAAAUGUUAGCAGACAAAGAUGCCAGGAUUAAUCAGCUUGAGGAUGAGUUGUACAGAAUCAGACGAGGAACAGGAAAUAACAGUUUAGAACAAUUAUGUGUAAAAGGCAACGUUUCGAUACCAAAGACGUCACAAGUAGAGUCUAAAGAGCAAGACCCUGAUUCAACAUCAUGCACCACUCCAAAUAAGACAAAACAGAGGAAAGAUUUUGGUACUGGAGAAACACCGAUAUGCCUGGAAGAAGAGUUAGUGUUUGACACUAGUCCUGAUGAUGCUGUAAAAUUCAAGUUAAAUCGUAAAAGGAGUAAGCGUAGCAGAUAUUCUGAGGAAGUCUCACCAGACCUAAAAAAGCAAAGACAUUCAUCACCUUUAGCUAAAACAGCCCAAAAUUCAGAUGACAUUGCUCAAAAGAAGGAAAGUUACGCUGAACGAGCAAAUCAAGGACCGGAUCCGGAUAAUAAAGUUAUAAACAAGACAAGGAAAAUAAAGAAAAACAGUUCUGAGGGUAAAGUACUUGUGGCUGAUACAUGUGUACCUGAUCUAAAUGAGUCAGUGGUAUCUAAAGGGUUUGGAAUUGACACAGCUAAUGCAGGGGAAGGCGAAGAUAAUUUGUAUAGGAAGCUGUUUAAUACUUCUAAUGUUGUAGUUGUACCUGAAACUGUUGCCUUCGAUAUGGAUGACACAAUCAUGCCUGAAGAUACCUGUAAAUUGGACAUGGGUAAGGACAGAAAGAAGUUUCAGCCAGAACUACUCGAUGUAUCUGAACAUUUUGAGGAAUCUGAUACUGUAGAUGAAGGGGUAGUUGUAUCAGAUAUAGAAAAUGAUAGGACUUAUAAAUUUUCUAUGAAAAAUAAGGCUGAAAAGAAAGAUAAAAGUAAAGUCAAUAAGCAGAUUGAGAUUCCUCUGAGUUUCAGAAGUAUUUUAGAAAGUUCAGACAGUGAAAGUUCAGAUAUAAAGGAAAGAGAAUCACCAAAUGUAGAUAUUGAUUGUGGUGAGAGUUUAGUCAAAGACUCUGACGAUAAUGAAGAAGACACAUUCUUUGAUAGUUUGCCAAACUCUCAGAAAUUUCUCAAGGCAAAGUCAAAAAGUGUAGAGAGUUUGACAGAGGCGGAUAAAAGCAUAAGGAAUGUUUGUAGAAAUAUUAAAGAGGUUGAUGCUUUGUUUGAAACUCCAGACUCUAAUAAAGGCAGUGAAAAAGGAAACAGAGAUUCUGGUACAAGAAAACCAUUAUUUAGAAAAGGUAAGAAAGAGUGUUUGAAAAAGGAAGAGCAAAGUGAAGUGAUACUUAGAAGGUCGCCAAGGAAACAUAAACCUGUCAUAGCAACAAGAUCACGAAGAACACCUACAAAAGUACGAACCAAGUUGGUUAAUGUAAAGCCCAGUGAUGAUCCAAAUGGUGAUAACGGAUCUGGAAGUUGUAAGGAAAGGUCAUUGCAUGCUGAAGGUAAUGAAGAAGAUGAUAUGGAUGAAACUGUUGCACGGGAUGGUAUUAUACAUAAUGUGACUGAUGAAGAAAUGGAUAAUGAAAAUGAGACCAUAGAUUGCUAUAAUGUUAUGCCGGUUAAAGAUGGAAAUGUUAUUCCCAGUAAAAAGUUUCAGGUAAAAGUAAAAGGUAUUAAAAAACUGAAUAACUCAAGUUCUGACAAUAAUGUUAAGGAUCAUGAAAUUAAAACUACACAGAUUAUAAAUAUACAUGACCAAACAUUAAAAUCACCUUCUCUGUUAGGUCAGGGUGGUAAAAUGUGUUCCGUAGAUAAACUAGAUGUAAUAACUGUUGGUAGUUCAAGUGGUAAAAGUUCAAGUGAAAGUGUAGAGUCACCUUUGAUAUUUAAAGUAGAGAGAUAUAAAGAACAUAUUGACAAUGAUUUAGAAAUUGUUGACUGGAAAUCUGCUAAAUCACAGAGAAAGAAAAGUUCAGGUGAUUCUCAAAGUUCUCUAUCUUUAUCAACAAAAAGAACAAGUUUAAGGUCUUCUCAGACAGGUUGCGACUUUAAGAAACCCAGUAAGGAUUCUAUGAUAAGGAAUAGGAAACAUUCACUGAAAGGACAGACUACCUUAACUCAGGGAUUUUUUAGUCCAAAGAAAAAUAAUGCUUGCAAUAAAAGAAUGGAUGAAGAUGGACAGAAUAGCAAAUUGAAAAAGAGUGUGAAUGAAACUGAAAUCCGAGUUUUCAGGGAGCUUAAAGAUGAAAAUGGGAUAAGCACAGGGAAUGCUGGGAACAAUAGGCUUAAUGGAAGCCUGGAUCCAUCUGCAGAACUUUCUGAAUGGUGCAGGGAUCCAGAAACAUUACCAUCUCUUGAUACUGACUUUUGUGAGGCAGAUUUACAAAGUGGUGUCAAUUCCCCACCAAAGACAUCAACCCUGGCAGUAGAGGACACACAAGAUAUACCUUGUAGUUCCACAAGCUAUAAGUUCUUACCCAAGAAACAUAGAAAAAAAGAUAUAGAAAAUGUAGAUCCCAAAAAACCUGCCGUCAACAUUGAUGACAGUUUUGACAGAUUGCCUAAGAGUAAGACAUCUGAUAUUGCCCACGUUGCUGUUGUUAGGAAGAGAGAUGAGAGACAAAAAUUACCGGGGCAUGGUUGUAAACAAUGUGUCGAGUAUUACAAGUCAGCCGGUCGGUCAGACGAGGAGAUACAGCAGCACAUGCACAAAUGUUCACGUCAUCGAGCACAAUAUGUACCUCCUGACACACCACCACACUUCUGGUCUGUAGGUUUUAUUGAAACACAGGAAAAUGAUACCUCAGUGGUUAAGGAUGAUAACGUUGGGGUGGAAGAGGAUGAAGAUGCUCCUACUUACAGAAGACGGAGACGUCUCAAUAAAUGCUUCAGGUCCAAAAACGAGAAUUCUGUAAUGGAGGAUGAUAAUUAAAAUACAUGAUACUCAUGUCAUACUAAUAAUAUUACAUGUACAUGUAUAUACUUUUGUCAUAAAAUUGUAUAAUUAAAUCAGGAAAUUGUGUAAAUUCUUUUUUGAAAUAAAUUAUUGAUUUUGAAUAAGUCGUUUUUAUUGUCAGAACGUAUUUGGAUCAAAUUUAAUUUAAAUAGAGCGAUUAUUUUAAAAUGAUCAUGUCCCAUGGUAUACAUUUAGUAAAUGGUGUAACUGGAUACAUUUAGAAAAGAUCAGGAUCAAAAAUAUAUAUAAUUUUAUAUCUAUAGCAUAGGAAAUGUAUAAAUGUACACAAUUUAAUUGACUCUAGAAGUGUAUCCAAACAAAAUCAUCACAAUUUUCUUUAUUUUAUGGUGUUGAAGCUUAGCAUAUAGUAAUACAUUGUCUGUCCGUUCGUCUUAGCAACUAUAUUAGGUAUGGGGACCAUACAAUGGUAAAUUUACAAUAGAAUCAAACCAUACAAUGGCAUAAGAGACGAUGACCGGGUCGGUCUCCUCAACAGAUUAAGAAAAAUGUAUUUUGUUAAUUUGUAAAAAAAAAUAAGUUAAAAAACAUAUUCUUGAUGAAACGUGAAAAUCUAAGGGAAGUAACUACACGUGAACUUUGACAUUAUAAAUUGAAAUUCUCUCCCUGACAUAGUUUUGCAUGUGACAAAAAGAUAUAAUUUAUCUGUUAUAUUUUAACAUGUUUGUUUACAUGGACAUUAAUGAUAUAU